CGCGUGGUCCUCUAGUGGUUCCUAUAUAACAGGCUUCUUCCCUGUCCCGAUCGAAAGACUACCGGGUCCUGUCGGUUCCAUGCGUCUUCGGGAAUCUAGACGUACGAAGUAAAAGCAAAACCCGGACCCCUCGCACGCGCGUAGCGUCCCCACUCGCCGGCCGAUAAGAAGAACCUUCUCUCCUCCAGCUUUCGCUGGAACCCAUACGUGUUAUAACCUUCGCUCGAACCUCUUCUUCCUGCAGUACCCCCUCCGCUCUGCUCGAAGACCGACUUCGACUGCCUCCUCGCACCCAAACGCAAAGAUGGGCUCCCUUUCCGAUCCGCUGCGGGUGCGCUCGUCGGUCCCUUUGGCACUCAACUUCGUCGCUUCCGCCAUGGGUUCCUCGAUCCUUUUCUCGUACCCCGAGAUCGCGACUAUUGCCGGUGUCCAGGGCUCCAUCACUUAUGCGGCUUGCUCGGCGCUGCCGUUGAUGAUCUUCCCCGUCCUGGCGCCCAUCAUCAGAAGGAAGCUGCCCGAGGGCUUCAUCUUGACCAUGUGGGUCCGUGAACGGUUCGGCGUGGUUGCAAGCUUGUAUCUCAGCUUCUUGACUGUCGCGACGAUGUUCUUGUACAUGGUUGCCGAAUUGUCCGCCCUGGGACAGGUCAUCGAGACAUUGACUGGGCUCAAGGGACUUCCAGUGAUCAUUGUGGAGGUGGUUGUGACCACCAUUUAUACCGCUCUGGGAGGGUUCAAGGUCUCCUUUAUCACAGACAACAUCCAAGGAGCCAUGAUCGGUCUCCUGAUCAUCAUUUGCGCGAUUGCCGUCGGCACCUCGGUGACCAUCGACACCGCCUUGAUCGCCCCUUCCGGCCUGCUCGAGCAGAGCAAACUCGGCUACCAGCUGAUCUUCAUCCUCCUGAUUGGAAUCGUCUUCAGCGACAUGUUCCUGUCGAACUUUUGGAUGCGCGCCUUCGCCUCCAAGACGGAUAAGGACCUGUGGAUCGGCUGCGGCCUCGCUUCGCUUGCGGUCUUCAUCAUCCUGCUCCUCGUCAGCUCGACCGGAUUCAUCGCCGCCUGGGCGGGUGUCUGGACCCCGGAUGUGUACGGAGGACUGGCGUUCUUCUUACUGCUGGGGAAGUUGCCUGCGUGGGUUGUAGGCUUCGUCGUGGUCAUGGUCGUAGCGCUCAGCGUGCCGGUACGCCCACGUUCCAAUCAUUCCAUGCUCUUGCUGACCCCUGCAGUCUUCGACUCCCUCCAAUCCGCCAUGGUCUCGACGAUAUCCAACGAUGUUUUCCGCAGCAAGCUACCCUUCAUCUACAUCCGUGUCCUUGUGGCACUGAUCACGAUCCCGGUCAUCAUAAUCGCCGUCAAGAAGCCCAGCAUCCUGCAGAUCUUCCUGAUCUCCAACAUCGUCGCGACCGCCACCCUCCCGUCGAUCCUUCUCGGGCUCAGCGAGCGAUUCUACUUCCUCAACGGCUUCGACGUCAUCUGCGGCGGCCUGGGCGGAAUGCUUAGCGUGUUCAUCUUCGGCUCGAUCUAUUACGGAGAUGCGCACCAGGGUGCGGAGCUGAUGAUCCUGAAGAAGGGACUGUAUGGGGAUGACUGGAGCGCUUUCGGUGUUUUCCUGGUCGCGCCUCUCGGAUCGUUGAUCUUCCUCACUUUGGCGUAUGGCCUCAGGCUUUCCGCAACUUGGGUCUUCUGCAAAGCCACCGGCCGCCCGUUCCGCGCCCUCGACCGCCCGGUGGGGCCUCCGCCAGACGCGAAGAUUUAGGAGGCGGUGCGUUCCUGCCGGAGACGACGAUGGGGAUGGCGGGGGCAGUUGCGUGAAGGAGGACUUUUGAUAUGAGUUGAUGCGGUUGAUGUGGUGGAAAAGAUGUACUACUUGUCAUAUGGGACCUAAUUUAUCUGUGAAUGCUUAAGAGGCGAUUUUUUCCAUAGCCUACUGGAUGAAAUUGAGAGCCA